UAGGAAAAUCUCUACUUUAAAGCUGAUGGACUUUGCCUACAAACAGCUCCUGUCUGUGUGAUUAGUUAGGCAGCUCCCAGCACAGUACAGCACUGGGCAGAAGUAGAUAUUGGAACUAAUCAACACAUCUGCUGACAGCUGCUUACAGAGAACCCAGAAUCCAGCUCCAUCUAAAUACUGUGUCUCAGUCAGGAAAAGCCUAAGGGAUUGAGAAGGCCUGGACGGGAGCUCCAUGUGGUGCUACGUGCUUCUAUUUGCCAUUGUAUGGGCUAUUGGAUGGUUUCUGAGAGACAGACAGACUAUUUCACGGUUGUCAGAUAAACAUGUCUUUAUCACUGGUUGUGACACAGGUUUUGGAAACCUACUGGCCAAACGAUUGAGCAGAAAAGGCUUUCAGGUCCUAGCAGGUUGUCUCACACAAAAGGGAGCAGAUGACCUUCAAAAAGCAUGCCCUAUAGGACUGAAAGCCACUUUGCUGGAUGUUACCAGCCCAGAGAGCAUCAAGAAGGCUGUGGAGUGGGUGAAGGUGGAGGUGGGAGAUAAAGGUCUGUAUGGUCUGGUUAACAAUGCCGGUGUUGCCAAUCCGAUAGGCCCCACUGAAUGGAUGACAGUGGUAGAUUACCGAAAGAUUAUAGAAGUAAACACAUUUGGCACAAUUGCUGUGACAUUAGGGUUUCUGCCAUUAGUGAAGCAAGCCCAAGGUCGUAUUGUUAAUAUGGCCAGCGUACUUGGAAGAAUAUCAGCUAACGGAGGUGGUUACUGUGUCUCUAAGUAUGCUGUGGAGGCGUUCUCUGACAGCCUGAGACGGGACCUGCAGCACUUUGGUGUUAGGGUCUGUAUCAUAGAGCCUGGUUUCUUUAAGACAGCAGUAACCGAUUUGGAUACUAUUGAGCAUUACCUGCAGAAGCUCUGGGACCAGAUGCCACCAGAGACCAGGAGGAGUUAUGGGGACGUAUAUUACCAAAAAUAUUUGAAAGUACAAAGGCUGAUCAUGAAUUUCAUCUGUGAUCCUGACAUCUCCAAAGUGCCAAAGUCCAUUGAGCAUGCCUUACAAGCCACAUACCCACGCACAAGAUACAGUCCCGGCUGGGAUGCCAAGCUGGUCUGGCUACCCGCUUCUUAUAUGCCAGCUUUCAUUGUGGAUGCAGUACUUGGCUUUGUCCUUCCUAAACCAGAACAGAGAGUCCGCUAGGACAGUUUUUGAAAACUCACAAAUCUGGGUUUUAGAGAGGUUUAAACGUCCUAUAAUAAUUGCUAAUUUGCCUUAUUCAGACAAAGAAUAAAGCCCAUUCUGUGUAGGGAACUUGCAAUCAUUACUAAGGCACUAGGAGGUUCUACGCUUAAUAAGGAUGAAUUAAAAUUUCCUUUGCCUAUAUGUUUGUUUACGUUAUGUCCCGACAAAACAUUCAGGCUUAUGUGUUAUUUGUACAAGCCUACUGAGUUCUGUGGCUAAACCACUGUGAGCUGUUCUGAUUAUGGGAUUGCUAUGUUAAUGACAUCAGUUCUGGAGAACAAGCAUAAAAUUGGCCUGACUAUAUGGAGUCACGUUACAUGCCUACUUGUGAUAAUCUGUAGUCCACACUGGCAUCUAUAGCUCAUAGUCAUACACUCAGAUAACCAGAGUGGUAUGUAUAUGUGUAAUGGGUAGGAGAUUUGUAAAGAGUAACCUUACUGAAACAUUUCAUAGCUGCUACUUUAUAUGACACAUGUAUGUAGUACAGAAAAUCAUUGCACGCAGAUGCAUCAUUUUUUUACUGUUCUUAACUGGCUUUAUUUGAUUAUUAUUUGUUAUUUACAUGCAAAACUAUGUGUGUGUAUAUGUAUGUGUGUAUGCCUAACAUGGUAACAAGGAAAAGUAAGCAGGGCCGGAUUAAGGUCUGUGGGGGCCCCUGGGCAACAAAUUUGUGGGGCCCCCACACACUGUCCUCACA